AUGGACGAACGUCGCAAACAUCAGGUUUCGUUAAGAGGAGCGAGCGUCAAGGAGAUUACCAGAGACGCUUUGCUUGAGAAGGUCUCUCAGGAAAGAGAGCUUCGUCAAUAUGCCAGACGAGCCUCAUCAGCUGCGGUCUUCAUUCAGAGAGUGUGGAGGCGCUACAGGGUGACAAAGAUGGUGGCUUCGGAGCUUCGAGAAGAAUGGGAGAAAGUGAUGAACCAAUAUGCUGAGUUAGCUAUCACUGCAACAUGGCUUUCGGGCAAUAUAGUGAGGCCUUUUCUUUUCUUUGUUACUUGUUUAUCGACUCGGACCAGGAACAUCCAGCCCAGAGAAAUUUACUCUACGAUGAAUUUCUUUCAAAUUAUGUUGGAAAGCGCGACUUCCACUGACUCAACGAAAAACUAUUGCUCCCUGGCAAUCGGCACUGUUGAGGAGAGAAGAGUCUGGAGUUAUCAGUCACGAAGGAUGAUUUCUCUCUGCAUGUUUAUUCUUUCGGAGUGUGACAAGUCCUGCGCAGGGGGUCAAGAUAUUGUUGCUCUCACCUCCCUAGCAAUGCGUUUUGUUGUUGUCUUAACUGAUCUUAAAGGGUGGAAGAGCGUUACUGAGCAUGACUGUCAGAGUGCAGAUACAGCAGUGAAGGAUUUAGUUUGGUUUAUGGGAAGCAGCGAAAGUGGUCUUUACUUAUCUAUCAGAAGAUACAUUAGCACAUUGGAUGCUCCUUGCUCUUCACGGAUAAGCAGUAGUAGCAUACAAAGAGAUGAUAGAUUUUUGAUUACUGCAAGUACAAUAACGUUAGCUCUUAGGCCAUUUCAUGUGGCAAAGUUUGAUUUAGACGGUCCUGGCUUGCUGGAUAUCCAUUACAUUACCGAGAAUUACUUUGUUUUUCUACUUACAGUUCCUUGCCUUACUCAACGUCUUCCAGCUCUUCUUAUAUCUGCUAUGAGGCACAAGUCCAUUCUCUCACCCUGUUUUCAGACAUUACUGAUUUUGAAAGAGAAAAUAUUAAAGGAAAUGUUAGAUGUGGAUCAAUCAAAGAUGGAUUUUCUUCCCAAGGUGAUUCCCCCAGCUGGUUGGGCUCUUGCAAACAUUAUAUGCCUAGCAACAGGGGCAGAGAAUGAUUCUGUUGAUCCUGGAGGGUUCCAUCAAGAUUUGGACUCUGUAUCAUAUGUCCGUGCUGUUAACAUUCUUGCAGAAAACUUAUUGUCCAGGCUUGAGAAUGUUGACUGUGUCAAGGAGAACCAGAAUCUCCAAGGUGAAGUUGAAACCCAUGAGAAGCCCACCCAUACAGCUUUAUGUGAGGGUGAGAUGGGGUCCUUCAAAAUGUCGUACUUGGAUAUGUUUAGACCUAUUUCCCAGCAGUGGCAUCUUACAGAUCUUUUGGCUAUAAUGGAUAAAGUUGGUCGUAUUCAAGGGUCUGAGACACGACAAAACCUGGAACAUUCAAGGAAGUUGGAGCUGCUAGAUAUUGUGCAUUUAUAUUCAUACAUGCUCAGAAUAUUUUCAUUAUUGAACCCCACAGUUGGAUCGUUGCCAGUCCUUAACAUGCUAUCAUUUACUCCUGGGUUUCUUGUGAAUCUAUGGAGAGCAUUGGAAACAAACCUUUUCCCCAGGGAUUGUCACACUGAUCCAGACAAUUAUGACCGUAUUAGUAAAAUUUCAGUCAAUGACAAAAAAGUUGGGGCUUUUGAGAAAAAACAAAAACACGCCAAUAAUGAUGGAGUUAAUAAGUGGGUCACUGUUCUGCAUAAAAUUACUGGCAAGUCGCAAGGCAAUGAUUAUACAAAUUUGAGUGAUAAUCAACCUAAGCCUAGACCUGUUGACGAGGAUUCUUCUGAUGUUUGGGAUAUAGAACCUGUAAAGCAUGGCCCUCAAGGUAUCUCUAGAGAUAUCUCAUGUAUGCUUCAUCUUUUCUGUGCAAGCUAUUCACACCUACUUUUGAUUCUUGAUGACAUAGAAUUCUACGAAAAACAGGUGCCAUUCACACUGGAGCAACAACGGAAAAUUACAUCUGUCCUCAAUACAUUAGUUUAUAAUGGUUUUUCUCAAAGUAUUGGACAGCAGGAUAGACCCCUUAUGGAAUCUGCAAUCAGAUGCUUGCACUUAAUGUAUGAAAGGGAUUGCAGGCACCAGUUCUGCCCCCCUGUUUUGUGGCUUUCACCUGCUAGAAAGAACCGCCCACCAAUUGCGGUAGCUGCCAGAACUCAUGAAGUUCUCUCAGCUAAUGUAGGAUCAGAUGAUGCUGCGCCUAUUCCAAGUAUAGGUUCUGUUAUAACUACAACCCCGCAUGUAUUUCCAUUUGAAGAAAGAGUUGAGAUGUUUAGAGAGUUUAUCAAGAUGGAUAAAGCCUCCCGAAAAAUGGCUGGUGAAGUCGCUGGACCUGGUUCUCGAUCAGUUGAGAUAGUAGUUCGUCGUGGUCAUAUUGUUGAAGAUGGAUUUCGGCAAUUAAAUUCUCUAGGGUCAAGGUUAAAGUCAUCCAUCCAUGUUUCAUUUGUCAGUGAAUGUGGCCUUCCCGAGGCUGGCCUGGACUAUGGUGGAUUAUCUAAAGAGUUUUUGACUGAUAUAUCAAAAGCAGCCUUUGCUCCCGAGUAUGGGCUAUUCUCCCAAACCUCAACCUCCGACAGACUUCUGAUCCCUAAUUCAUCUGCAAGAUAUCUAGAGAAUGGUAUCCAGAUGAUUGAGUUCCUUGGAAGAGUUGUUGGCAAAGCUCUUUAUGAAGGAAUUUUGCUAGAUUACUCCUUUUCACAUGUUUUUAUACAAAAGCUGUUAGGUCGAUAUAGCUUUCUUGAUGAACUAUCAACACUUGAUCCAGAGCUUUACAGGAAUCUCAUGUAUGUCAAGCACUAUGAUGGUGAUGUCGAGGAACUCUGUCUGGAUUUUACUGUAACUGAAGAAUCAUUUGGAAAAAGGCAAGUUAUUGAGCUUAAGCCUGAUGGGAAAGAUGUUACUGUGACAAACAAGAACAAGAUGCAGUACAUUCAUGCAAUAGCUGAUUAUAAGCUUAACCGACAGAUAUUUCCCUUUUCAAAUGUGUUCUAUAGAGGCUUAACUGAUCUCAUCUCACCAUCUUGGCUAAAAUUAUUUAAUGCAGGUGAAUUUAAUCAGUUGCUUUCAGGUGGAAACCAUGACAUUGAUGUUGACGAUUUAAGAAAGAAUACAAGGUACACUGGCGGUUACUCUGACGGGAACCGGACGAUUAAAAUCUUUUGGGAGGUAAUCAAAGGAUUUGAACCUAGUGAACGUUGUAUGCUUCUAAAAUUCGUAACCAGUUGUUCUCGAGCUCCAUUACUUGGAUUUAAACAUUUGCAACCGAUGUUUACAAUCCAUAAGGUUGCAUGUGAUAUCCCUCUUUGGUCUGCAAUGAAGGGCGAGGAUGUUGAGCGGCUUCCAUCAGCGUCAACUUGCUAUAAUACUCUGAAGCUUCCAACUUACAAACGUCCGAGCACUUUGAGAGCAAAACUUCUAUAUGCAAUCAGUUCCAAUGCAGGAUUUGAACUUUCUUAA